GUGCCCGCAUGCGAACUUCCUAUUUUGAACUCGGCGAUCUUGUUAUUAUUCAUAUACACAGUGUAUGGGUAGAGCAGAGCUGUGGUGCACUGGCUAAAACAACUGGAGAUGUUAAACGGGCAAAUGUUGAGAGUUUCUGUGGUGGAGCGGCUGAGUGCGGCUGCAGAGGAGAGCACGACAGCGGACUAUGAAGAGGAGCUGCACCGCUGCAGACACGAGAACCAGAGGCUCCAGCUGAUCUUGGAGUCGAGAGUCGUGCCCGUCAGAGACGCUGUCCAUCUCCCCUCUCUGAGCCUUGAUCUGACUCCACACAUUAAAGAAGAACACAACAUUAAAGAAGAACACAACAUAAAAGAAGAACACAACAUUAAAGAAGAACACAACAUCAAACAGGAGGAAGAUCAGCUGCAAGUGUCUGUCCCAGAGUUUAGUGCUGUGAGCAUCAAGACAGAAGAGUUCUCACCGAAAAGACAAACUGAGCAGAGAGAGGACACCCUGGGAGAGGACAUCAAGGCAGAGACACACGUCCACAGAGAGGACAUACUGGGAGAGGACAUCAAAGCAGAGACACAUGUCCACACAGAGGACACACUGGGAGAGGACAUCAGAGCAGAGACACACAUCCAUUCAGAGACUGAGGGAGACACAGAGCACUCUUCUGACACUGACAGUGAUGAAGAAUGGAGAGCUCCACUCAGCUGUUCACCUGCACUCAUGGAUGUAGGGGCUAAUGGAGACCACCACAACCAAGUUCAGAUCAGAGCCAGAAGCACCACUGCACAAAACUCACAUAUGUCCCCUAAAUACAAGUGUGCACCAGAGACCAGAGCCACGGUGAACAGUGGAGACGUGUCAGGAACUGGAGAAGGAGCUGAGAGCAGGAAACACAAGUGCUCUGUUUGUAAAGAGAGAUUUGCAUCUAAAUAUAAACUACAAAUACACAGGAGAGUUCACACAGGACAGGAACCAUUCAGCUGCUCAGUCUGUAAGAAAGUAUUUGCUAGUAGUUCUAUUCUCAAAAAACACAUGAGGACACACACAGGGGAGAAACCAUACAGCUGUUCAGUUUGUAAGAAGGUGUUUGCUUGUAGUUCUACUCUAAAAAAACAUAUGAAGAGACACACAGGGGAGAAACCAUUCAGCUGUUCAGUAUGUAAGAAAGUGUUUGCUGAAAGAUUUACUCUCAGUACACAUAUGAAGAGACACACAGGGGAGAAACCAUUCAACUGUUCAGUCUGUAGCAAAGUGUUUGCUGAAAGAGCUCAUCUCAAAACACAUGUGAGGACACACACAGGGGAGAAACCAUUCAGCUGUUCAGUCUGUAAGAAAGUGUUUGCCGCUAGUUCUAAUCUCAUAGCGCAUAAGAGGACACACACAGGGGAGAAACCAUUUAGCUGUUCAGUUUGUAAGAAAACAUUUGCUCGAAAGGGUCAACUCAAAAAACAUAUGUGGACACACACAGGGGAGUCACCAUUCAGCUGUUCAGUCUGUAAUAAAGUGUUUGUUGAUAAUUAUAAUCUUAAAAUACAUUUGAAGACACACACAAGAGAUAAGCCAUUCAGCUGUUCAGUCUGUAAGAAAGCAUUUGCUAAUAGUUAUAAUCUCAAAUCACAUAUGAGGACACACACACAAUUCAGCUGUGCAGUCUGUAAAAAAAUGUUUGCUGAUAGUUAUCUCAAAAUACACAUGAGGACACACACAGGGGAGAAACCAUUCAGCUGUUCAGUCUGUAAGAAGGUGUUUGCUGAAAGAGGUAGUCUCAAAUCACAUAUGAGGACUCACACAGGGGAGAAACCAUUCAGUUGUUCAGUGUGUAAGAGGGUGUUUGCAGGAAGAGGUAGUCUCAAAAUACAUAUGAGGACACAUACAGGGGAGAAACCAUACAGCUGUUCAGUCUGUAAGAAGGUGUUUGCUGAGAGUUCUACUCUAAAAACACAUAUAAGGACACACACAGGGGAGAAACCAUUCAGCUGUUCAGUCUGUAAGAAAGUGUUUGCUGAAUGUUCUACUCUGAAAACACAUAUGAGGACACACACAGGGGAGAAACCAUUCAGCUGUUCAAUCUGUGAGAAGGGGUUUGCUGAUAGUUCUACUCUCAAAUCACAUAUGAGGACACACACAGGGGAGAAACCAUUCAGCUGUUCAAUCUGUAAGAAAAUGUUUACUGAUGGUUCUACUCUGAAAAAACAUAUGAGGACACACACAGGAGAGAAACCAUUCAGCUGUUCAGUCUGUCAGAAAAUGUUUGCUCAGAAAUCUACUCUUGAAAUACAUAUGAGGACGCACACAGGGGAGAAACCAUUCAGCUGUUCAGUCUGUAAGAAAACAUUUGUCCAAGCGGGCCAUCUCAAAAAACAUAUAAGGACACACAGGGGAGAAACCAUUCAGCUGGUCAGUCAGUAAGAAGCAAGGAAGCAGCAUCUCACUUGAGAAAAAGCUUAGAGAGAGAGAGCUCUUACAGGCUGACCAGAACACAUUUUCUGUCAGGAGUUCUCAACAUAUAGAAGCAUGCAAAAAAAUUAAAAAAUCUAUUCACCU